AUGACAAACAUCAUGGAGCAAAUCAAGGACAUGGUCCUGCAUCUGGAUAAAGGCGAUCUGGACUUUUGCAUUUCACAAACACCACCGACACACUCAUCGAUACACAAUCAUCAAAACGACGAUAAGGACGGCGAUGCCGAUAUCUCAAUAGCACUGCAUAAAGCCCUGAAGAACAUUGCGCAGAGACAGUUGAAAUUGGAGACAGAAAACAAAAGAUACCAAAUAGCCAUCAAGCAGCAACAUCAUCUAUUAACUCAACAGCAACAACAAAAUAAAAGCGACCAGGAACAAGAGCAAGAACAAGAAGAAAACGAAUCUGUUGUAAAUAAAAGUAAUGGGACUCCUGAGGAUUGUAUUUCUUCUUUCCAGCAAUCGCCCAUGUUGGAAAAAUUGCAAUUGUCUCCUACCGCAGAUACUACUGUUCAUAUUGAUACCGAUACUUGCCAAAACUGUGUAGAUCAAGCAGUUCAAGUCGCUAAAGCCGUUCAUAACGGUGUAUUAGACCAACGCAUCACAUGUAACCACUCCUCCCACAAUGCUCUCAAAACUGCUGUGAAUUCAAUGGCAGACCAAUUACAACGAAUCACUAAAAAUGUGCUGAAAGUGGCUCAUGAGACAGCUGUCGACGGCAAAUUGGGUGUUCAGGCAGAAUGCGAUGACAAUAUGGAAGGCGUUUGGCGUGAUUUUAUCUUGAAUUUGAACAGCAUGACCAGAAAUCAUUUGGAGCAAGUGAGAGACAUUGCUGAUGUAUCAACAGCUAUCGCUCGAGGUGAUCUCAGCAAAGCAAUGACAGUACCAGUUUACGGUGAGACCUUGAUUUUGAAAAACACAUUCAACACCAUGGUCAAUCAUUUGAAUUUGUUUGCUUCCGAAGUGACCAGAGUAGCUCAUGAAGUCGGCACAGAAGGAAAACUCGGAGCACAGGCCAAAGUAGCCGGUGUGGAUGGUAUUUGGAAGGAAUUGACAGACAACGUAAACACAAUGGCAACAAACCUCACCAAUCAAGUCAGAGAUAUCGCACACGUAUCCAAGGCUGUUGCUAGAGGCGAUUUGUCAAAGAAGGUCAAGGUUGAAGUCAAGGGUGAGAUGCUGGAUUUAAAGAACACAAUCAAUACCAUGGUGGAUCAGUUGUCUACAUUUGCAGUGGAGGUGACCCGUGUGUCAUUGGAAGUUGGCACCGAAGGCAAAUUAGGCGGUCAAGCCGUAGUCAAGGAUGUCGGAGGCACAUGGAAGGAUUUGACAGACAAUGUCAACAUGAUGGCACUCAAGAUCACAAGUCAAGUGCGAGACAUUGCUGCUGUUGCAAAAGCUGUAGCCGAAGGUGAUCUAACCAAAAAAGUAAAGGCCAAUGCUCAGGGCGAAGUUUUGGAACUAAAGAAUACCAUGAACCGAAUGGUUGAUCAACUCACAAACUUCUCGGCUGAAGUGAGGAGAGUGUCGCUGGAAGUCGGCGUGGAGGGCAAACUAGGCGGACAAGCUGUCGUCAAAGAUGUUGGUGGUGCCUGGAAAGACCUAACUGAUAAUGUCAAUACCAUGGCCGCUAAUCUCACAACACAAGUGCGAUCUAUUGCAGAGGUAACAACAGCUGUUGCUAAGGGUGAUCUUUCUAAAAAGAUCGAUGUUGAGACUAGAGGUGAAAUUCUCGAUCUGAAGAACACAGUCAACAACAUGGUGGACCAGCUUCGUGUCUUUUCCACAGAAGUAACUCGUGUGGCCAAAGAAGUUGGCACCGAGGGCAAACUGGGUGGACAAGCUCGGGUGCCUAGCGUAGACGGCACAUGGCGAGUGCUUACUGAUAAUGUCAAUACCAUGGCUUCCAAUCUGACAACCCAAGUGCGCUCUAUCGCUGUCGUUACCAAGGCUGUUGCUAAUGGCGAUCUUUCGAAAAAGAUUGAAGUCGAAUCAGGUGGCGAAAUCUCAGAGCUCAAGAACAUCGUCAAUGACAUGGUGGAUCAAUUGCGUGUGUUUGCUUCUGAAGUGACUCGUGUCGCUCGUGAAGUUGGCACCGACGGUAAAUUGGGCGGCGAAGCUAACGUCCCCAAAGUGAGUGGCACCUGGAAGGAUCUCACCGAUAAUGUCAACACCAUGGCUGCAAAUCUUACUACGCAAGUCCGUUCUAUUGCUCUUGUCACGAAAGCCGUAGCAAAAGGUGAUCUCUCCAAGAAGAUUGAUGUUGAAACUCGAGGCGAAAUCCUAGACUUGAAAAAUACUGUCAAUAGUAUGGUGGAUCAGCUCAAUGUCUUUGCGUCCGAGGUCACUCGUGUAGCCAAAGAGGUAGGCACUGAAGGCAAGCUUGGCGGACAAGCUCUUGUUCCAAAUGUCGACGGUACCUGGAUGGACCUGACCGAUAAUGUCAACCAAAUGGCUGCUAAUCUCACAAACCAAGUCCGUUCCAUUGCCGAGGUCACUAAAGCCGUUGCCCUGGGCGAUCUCUCCAAAAAAAUUGCCGUGGAAUCCGGUGGUGAAAUCUCUGAACUCAAAAACACUGUGAAUGACAUGGUGGAUCAGUUACGAGUGUUUGCCUCUGAAGUCACCCGUGUGUCGAAAGAAGUAGGCACGGAAGGCAAGCUAGGCGGUCAAGCAGUGGUUCAAGGCGUGGCUGGUACAUGGCAUGAACUCACAGACAAUGUCAAUAUUAUGGCUGCCAAUCUCACAAAUCAAGUGCGUUCUAUUGCUGAAGUAACUAAGGCCGUUGCGCUUGGUGAUUUAUCCAAGAAAAUCGAGGUGGAAUCUGGCGGCGAGAUUCUAGAGGUCAAGAACAUUGUCAACAGCAUGGUAGAUCAACUGAAUGUCUUUGCCUCUGAGGUGUCUCGUGUAGCUCGUGAAGUUGGCACUGAUGGCAAGCUUGGUGGCCAAGCUGUGGUGCCCAAUGUCGGUGGUACCUGGAAGGAUUUGACGGAAAACGUCAAUCACAUGGCUGCUAAUUUGACCAAUCAAGUCAGAUCUAUUGCCGAAGUAACUAAGGCUGUCGCUCAUGGUGAUAUGAGCAAGAAGAUUGAAGUUGAAUCCGGUGGUGAAAUCCUUGAACUCAAGGACACCGUCAACAACAUGGUUGAUCAGUUACGUAUCUUUGCCUCAGAAGUAACCCGUGUGUCCAAGGAAGUCGGUACAGAAGGAAAACUAGGCGGUCAAGCAAUAGUUCAAGGCGUUGCUGGUACCUGGAAAGAUCUAACGGACAAUGUCAACAUGAUGGCAGCCAAUUUAACUACACAAGUGCGUUCGAUUGCCGAAGUGACAGAAGCAGUAGCGCUGGGAGAUCUGUCAAAGAAGAUUGACGUUGAGACGAGAGGUGAAAUCUUGGACCUAAAGAACAUUGUCAAUGAUAUGGUGGAUCAAUUGCGAAUUUUUGCCUCUGAAGUAACCCGUGUAUCGAAGGAAGUUGGCACGGAGGGCAAAUUGGGUGGACAGGCUGUUGUUCAAGAUGUAGCUGGUACCUGGUUUGAACUGACUCGAAGUGUCAACAUCAUGGCUGCCAACUUGACAAAUCAAGUCAGAUCCAUUGCUGAAGUCACUAAGGCUGUUGCGUUGGGUGAUCUCUCUAAAAAGAUUGAAGUCGAGUCUGGCGGUGAGAUCCUGGAGCUUAAGAAUAUUGUAAACGACAUGGUGGAUCAGCUUCGUGUAUUUGCUUCUGAGGUGACGCGUGUAGCCAAAGAAGUAGGAACGGAAGGCAAACUCGGAGGCCAGGCUGUAGUGCAAGGUGUAGCUGGUACUUGGGAAAGCUUGACAGACAAUGUGAAUAUCAUGGCUGCCAAUUUGACGGAUCAAGUCCGUUCGAUUGCCGAGGUAACUAAAGCUGUUGCCCUGGGUGAUCUCUCAAAGAAGAUUGAAGUUGAAUCCGGUGGCGAAAUUUCUGAGCUAAAGAACACUGUGAAUGACAUGGUAGAUCAGUUGAAUGUGUUUGCAUCUGAGGUGUCUCGUGUUGCUCGAGAAGUCGGUACAGAAGGAAAACUCGGUGGCCAGGCUGUGGUGCCUAAUGUCGAUGGUACCUGGAUGGAUCUGACAGACAAUGUCAACCAAAUGGCUGCAAACCUUACUUCUCAAGUACGUUCCAUUGCUGAAGUUACUAAGGCAGUCGCUCUCGGUGAUCUUUCUAAAAAGAUUGAAGUUGAAUCAGGUGGUGAAAUCCUGGAAGUCAAAAACAUUGUCAAUAGCAUGGUGGAUCAGUUGAAUGUGUUUGCAUCUGAGGUCUCCCGUGUGGCUCGAGAAGUAGGAACUGAUGGUAAACUUGGUGGCCAGGCUGUGGUACCUAAUGUCGGUGGUACUUGGAUGGAUCUGACAGACAAUGUCAACCAAAUGGCUGCUAAUCUCACGUCUCAAGUAAGAUCUAUUGCUGAAGUCACUAAAGCCGUUGCCCUGGGUGAUCUCUCUAAGAAGAUUGAAGUUGAAUCUGGCGGUGAGAUUUCUGAAUUGAAGAAUACAGUGAAUGACAUGGUGGAUCAGCUCAACGUCUUUGCUUCUGAGGUAUCUCGUGUGGCUCGCGAGGUAGGAACUGAUGGCAAACUCGGUGGCCAGGCAGUAGUGCCUAAUGUCGAUGGUACCUGGAUGGAUUUGACGGACAAUGUCAAUCAAAUGGCUGCCAAUUUGACAUCUCAGGUGCGUUCCAUUGCAGAAGUAACCAAGGCUGUUGCUCUUGGCGAUCUUUCAAAAAAGAUUGAAGUUGAAUCUGGCGGUGAGAUUUCUGAAUUGAAGAAUACUGUCAAUGACAUGGUGGAUCAGCUCAACGUCUUUGCUUCUGAGGUGUCUCGUGUGGCUCGUGAAGUAGGAACUGAUGGUAAACUCGGUGGCCAGGCUGUGGUGCCUAAUGUUGGGGGUACCUGGAUGGAUCUGACGGAUAACGUCAACCAGAUGGCUGCAAACCUUACUUCUCAAGUACGUUCCAUUGCUGAAGUUACUAAGGCUGUCGCUCUCGGUGAUUUGUCCAAGAAAAUCGAGGUGGAAUCCGGUGGCGAAAUUUCUGAGCUAAAGAACACUGUGAAUGACAUGGUAGAUCAGUUGAAUGUGUUUGCAUCUGAGGUGUCUCGUGUUGCUCGAGAAGUCGGUACAGAAGGAAAACUCGGUGGCCAGGCUGUGGUGCCUAAUGUCGAUGGUACCUGGAUGGAUCUGACAGACAAUGUCAACCAGAUGGCUGCUAAUCUCACGUCUCAAGUACGUUCCAUUGCCGAAGUUACUAAGGCUGUCGCUCUCGGUGAUCUUUCUAAAAAGAUUGAAGUUGAAUCAGGUGGUGAAAUCCUGGAAGUCAAAAACAUUGUCAAUAGCAUGGUGGAUCAGUUGAAUGUGUUUGCAUCUGAGGUGUCUCGUGUGGCUCGAGAAGUAGGAACUGAUGGUAAACUUGGUGGCCAGGCUGUGGUACCUAAUGUCGGUGGUACUUGGAUGGAUCUGACAGACAAUGUCAACCAAAUGGCUGCUAAUCUCACGUCUCAAGUAAGAUCUAUUGCUGAAGUUACUAAGGCAGUCGCUCUCGGUGAUCUUUCUAAAAAGAUUGAAGUUGAAUCUGGCGGUGAGAUUUCUGAAUUGAAGAAUACAGUGAAUGACAUGGUGGAUCAGCUCAACGUCUUUGCUUCUGAGGUAUCUCGUGUGGCUCGCGAGGUAGGAACUGAUGGCAAACUCGGUGGCCAAGCCGUGGUGCCUAACGUGGGCGGCACGUGGAUGGAUCUCACAGACAAUGUCAACCAGAUGGCUGCCAAUUUAACCACCCAGGUUAGAUCUAUUGCGGAGGUGACUAAAGCUGUUGCACUGGGCGAUCUUUCAAAGAAGAUUGAAGUAGAAUCGGGCGGCGAGAUUCUCGAGCUGAAAAACAUAGUCAACAGUAUGGUAGACCAGCUCAAUGUGUUUGCAUCAGAAGUUACUCGUGUUGCCAAGGAGGUUGGCACAGAUGGUAAGCUAGGCGGUCAAGCUGUAGUCCCCAAUGUAGGUGGAACUUGGAUGGAUUUGACGGACAAUGUCAAUCAAAUGGCUGCCAAUUUGACAUCUCAGGUGCGUUCCAUUGCAGAAGUAACCAAGGCUGUUGCUCUUGGCGAUCUUUCAAAAAAGAUUGAAGUUGAGUCUGGUGGCGAGAUUUCCGAGCUCAAAAAUACGGUGAAUGAUAUGGUGGACCAACUGAAUGUCUUUGCUUCUGAAGUCUCUCGUGUGGCCAGAGAAGUCGGUACAGACGGCAAGCUAGGUGGUCAAGCUCUUGUGCCAAAUAUCGACGGUACCUGGAUGGACCUAACUGACAAUGUGAACCAAAUGGCCGCCAAUUUGACCAACCAAGUUAGAUCUAUCGCUGAAGUUACAAAAGCAGUUGCUCUUGGUGACCUUUCCAAAAAGAUUGAAGUAGAAUCUGGUGGUGAGAUAUCAGAACUCAAGAACACUGUCAAUGACAUGGUAGAUCAGCUUCGUGUAUUUGCCUCAGAAGUAACGCGUGUAGCCAAGGAAGUCGGUACUGAGGGCAAGCUAGGUGGACAAGCUGUUGUCAAGGGCGUUGCUGGUACCUGGAAUGAGCUGACUGAUAACGUCAAUAUCAUGGCUGCUAAUCUCACAACUCAAGUACGCUCGAUUGCUGAAGUAACCAAAGCUGUGGCUAGUGGCGACAUGAGCAAGAAGAUUCAUGUCGAGACGCGUGGUGAGAUUCUGGAACUCAAGAUCACAGUGAACAGUAUGGUGGAUCAGUUGAGAGUGUUUGCAUCUGAGGUGACACGUGUGGCUCGCGAAGUAGGAACCGAGGGCAAACUGGGCGGUCAAGCCACCAUCAUUGGCGUGGAUGGCACCUGGAAGGAUCUAACGGACAAUGUUAACCUGAUGGCCAGCAACUUGACGGAUCAAUUGCGUUCUAUUGCUGCUGUAUGUAAGGCUGUUGCGCAAGGUGAUUUAUCCAAGAAGAUUGAAGUUGAAGUUCAUGGCGAAAUUGCUGAAUUAAAGAAUACCAUCAAUACGAUGGUGGAUCAAUUGAGUUCGUUUGCCUCUGAGGUGACCAGAGUUGCCAUGGAAGUUGGUACAGAAGGUAAAUUGGGUGUCCAGGCUCAAGUUGAAGACAUUGAGGGUCUGUGGAGAGACAUUACUAGCAACGUCAAUACCAUGGCUUCCAAUCUGACGACGCAAGUGCGUGCGUUUGCUCAAAUCUCUGCUGCUGCUACCGAGAACGAUUUCUCUCGCUUGAUUACUGUUGAAGCAUCUGGUGAAAUGGACUCUCUCAAGACCAAGAUUAAUCAAAUGGUCAACUCUUUGCGUGAUGCCAUCCAAAAGAACAGACAAGCAAGAGAAGCUGCUGAAUUAGCCAAUCGAUCCAAGAGUGAGUUUCUGGCCAACAUGAGUCAUGAAAUCCGUACGCCCAUGAAUGGUAUCAUUGGUAUGACAUCUUUGACCUUGGAAACUGAACUGACGCGUCAACAAAGAGAGAACCUGAUGAUUGUAUCCAGUCUGGCCAACAGUCUGCUGAGUAUCAUUGACGAUAUUCUGGAUAUCUCCAAGAUUGAAGCUGGUCGUAUGACAAUAGAGUCAAUUCCAUUCUCGCUGAGAUCUGCCAUCUUUAGCGUACUCAAGACAUUAGCUGUCAAGGCAAAUCAAAAGAAGCUGGACCUUAUCUACAACGUGGACAGUGCUAUUCCUGAUCAAUUGAUUGGCGAUCCUCUUCGUUUGAGACAAGUCAUUACCAACUUGAUUGGCAAUGCCGUCAAGUUUACUACACAAGGUGAAGUUGCUUUGGAAACCAAGGUGGUCAGCAUUCUAGGUGAUGAUGUGAUUGUUGAGCUCUGUGUCAAGGACACUGGUAUCGGUAUUCAAGAGGACAAGUUGAACGUCAUUUUCGAUACUUUCUGUCAAGCUGAUGGUUCAACAACUCGUGAAUACGGUGGCACUGGUCUUGGUUUAUCCAUCUCCAAGCAUUUGGUGCAGUUGAUGGGCGGUGAUCUAUGGGUGACAUCCAUGUACGGUCGUGGCUCUCAAUUCUACUUUACGCUCAACUUCAAGAGAUACCCCAAGGAGCAACAUGACGCAUUUGAAAAGAUGAAGCGAUUCAAGGGACGUAAUAUUUUGUUUUUGGACGGUACUGGAGACCAGAUGCAAGUAGAAUCCAAGCUCAAGGAACUUGGACUGAACCCCUUCCGCGUCACUGGCAUAUCGGAAGCAGUGAAUAUGACUAGUUUGCCUGUAUUCCAAGCACAAAACAACAAGCAGCCGCCCAUCUUUGACACUGUUCUAGUAGACAACAUGGCGUACGCAGAAAAGAUCCGCGAGGCUGUUCACUUGCGUUAUACACCCAUUAUCCUCAUUGCACCUGAAAUUCAUCGUCUCAACAUGAAGCUGUGCAUCGAUUUGGGCAUUACAGGCUACAUCAAUUCUCCGGUGAGCAUGUCAGAUCUUGCUUACACGCUGCUGCCUGCACUUGAAAGUAAUUCUUCUCUGCCAAGUGAUUCCGCUAUACCCGUUCCCUUGGAAAUUUUGUUGGCAGAGGACAAUAUUGUGAAUCAAAAGCUGGCCGUGCGUAUCUUGGAGAAGUUUGGGCACAAGGUGGAAAUUGUAUCCAAUGGUAAAUUAGCUGUGGAAGCAUUUGAAGCCAAUACCUACGACUUGAUCCUGAUGGAUGUUCAAAUGCCCAUCAUGGGUGGUUUUGAAGCAACCCAAAAGAUUCGUGAACUUGAACACAAUGCUGGUACCCACUCUCAUGUACCUAUCAUUGCCUUAACUGCACAUGCAAUGAUUGGGGAUCGUGAAAAAUGUCUGCAGUCUGGCAUGGAUGAAUAUGUCACCAAGCCUCUGAGAUUUCCCGAGUUAAUUGCAGCCAUCAAGAAGUUUGCUCCUCAAUCUGCCCAUGCUAUGCUUUUGCAUAAACCCAACAAAAAACGCCAAUAA